UGAUAUCUUGACCUUGAUUCAAUAUUUGUGUAGCGCCUCGAGGUAUGAUCAGAGAAGAAGCUUAAUGGCGACCAGAAGGAAGCUCGUCAUUGACUGUGACCCGGGAAACGAUGAUGCCAUGUCAAUCUUGAUGGCACUGUCAGACGUCAAUAUUGACGUCAUCGCUAUCACGUGCGUUGCCGGGAACUGUGACGUCACACAGGCAUCACUGAACGCAUUGAGGGUACUGCAAGUGGCGAAGAAACUAGACAUCCCCGUCUACACUGGAUGUGACGCACCCCUCCUGGGGGAGCGGAAACCGGGCUCCCCGUAUCACGGGGUGGACGGCUUAGGGGACGUACCUGACCCCGGCGCACCUGGAAUUGACCGCAUUCAGAUUGAGCACGGCGUACAGGCGCUCUUACAGCUGUCAAAGGAGCAUGCACAGCCUGUCGUACAGCUUCGCACAUUGCGUGAACUCCAACUUGUUUCCAUAGGACCGUUGACCAAUGUUGCCAUGGCAAUCCGGCUGGAUUCGGCGUUUGGCUCCCGUCUGAAGUCAUGUCACAUCAUGGGUGGAAAUUACCAAGGUAGAGGGAACAUAACAAUGGCGGCAGAGUUCAACUUCUAUGCAGACCCGGAAGCAGCCUUCGUGGUUCUUGGUCAGCUAUGUUGUCCGAUGACGGUGAUGCCGUGGGAAACUUGCCUGGAACAUGCCAUCUCAUGGGAAACGCAUACCAACACGCGAUCACAUGAUACCGAAAAAGCCAGAUUUAUUAAGUCCGUGGAUGAGUGGAGCGUCAACUACGUUAAACCAAAGAACGCGCCAAACUUUGUCCCGGCCGACGAGGCGUGCAUGGCAUGUUUUCUUUCAGAUGACGUCAUCAAAAGCAGUGUACACGUUUACGCAACCGUGGAAACUAAAGGUCACUACACAAGUGGUCAAAUGGUUGUUGACUGGAGAAAGAGAGAUGUUAACGAUCCCUUAUACAAAAAGCCAAAUGUAACCAUCGUCACCGGUCUGCACCAGAGUCUGUACGAACAGUUGAUGGAUAGAGCUCUCUCUUGUUAAAAUCAAAACGUGUCAGCAGUCGAGACUUGAGCAAAAACACAUUUUUUAUUAAAACAGAAAAAAAGGCUUACUUCCGGUAUAUUUGGAGCGUAACGUGGGAGUUUUAAUAUAACCUAUGAUUGUAAGUCUUUUGCUGUCAUCUUGUGGAAAUUUACUAUGCUUCAUUGCCAAAUUAUUUGCUGGUGUAACUUGCAUGCAAAUGAAUUA